AUGUUCCCCAAAGCCCGCCCCAUCAUCACCAUCUCCCAGCCGACACAGGAAGCCGACCAUGAGGACCUCUCCUGCAGCUCAGAAACGAGGCGCGUCCUUGAAACUCUUCAACCCAACCCCAUCCCGCUGCACCAGACACUUGAGCCUGAGGUCAUGUCUGAUCACACUGGUAGCUCAUACGUCCCCCGUGUGUCUGGCGCUGCCAGCCAUCAAGAGGAGAGGAGUAAUGCUGCCUGCCACCCAUUUGAUCAUUGCAAAGACAACUCCAUAUACUUUGCCGUCCUUCUGCGGACACAUCUUGGCGACAUCAAGCAUAUCCUCGCCUGCUUAAUCGAGGGCAUAGAGGAGCACGUCUGGAUCAUAAUCGCCACCAUCAACAUCUCCGCCGUUCUUGAGUACAGGCACCCAAGCAGGAUACUAAGGAAGGCCUGCACGAUUUUCUCGGAGGACAUCAACGGUCCGGAGGUUGCGGCUGCGAUACACGUCAUGGUGAAGAAGGCGGCAGCUCUCAACGCUGACCUCCCGCCUGCUUUCAUUCAACAUAACCAGCUGACUUAUGAAAGGCUAUAUCUGCCGUGGUGGGGGGCAGAUUUCUUGGCGUAA